UGCAAGGAGGUGGUUUGCCUGGUGUGAAAGGAGAUGUACUCGAGUAUGCUUUCUGCCUCCAGUAUAUUUUGGAAACUUGGAGCUCAACCAAAGAUUUGAGACCAAUCAUACAGAGUUUCAGGAUUGAACAGAAGGCAUCUGGUGCUUGAGCAAGGCUGUUGUACCUUGAGGAGCUGAAAGCCUCUGGGUCUAAACAAGUCACUGGCUUUAGGUGAGGAUUCAGAAUGGGAGACAAGCCUAUCUGGGAGCAGAUUGGGUCCAGCUUUGUACAACAUUACUACCAGCUUUUUGAUGCAGACAGGACUCAGUUAGGAGCAAUAUAUAUUGAUGCAUCAUGCCUUACGUGGGAAGGACAGCAGUUCCAGGGCAAAGCAGCUAUUGUUGAAAAACUCUCUAGCCUCCCUUUCCAAAAAAUACAACACAGCAUCACAGCACAAGACCACCAACCUACACCUGACAGCUGUAUACUCAGUAUGGUAGUGGGACAGCUUAAGGCUGAUGAAGACCCUAUCAUGGGAUUCCACCAGAUAUUUCUAUUAAAGAACAUCAACGAUGCCUGGGUUUGCACCAAUGACAUGUUCAGGCUAGCAUUGCACAACUUUGGCUGAGCUGGCAUCCCUGAGGCACCCGUGCUUUUUUUUUUUUCUGUUGUUUUUUCUCCUCUCCUCUUACUGGUAUUAUUCACACUCACGGAACAUUCCAAAUAUCAUACACAAACCUGCAGCACUGCAGAGCGUGAGCAAGCGAGACCUGUGACCUGCCCUUCUGCUGAGUUUACAUUGUCACUAGAUGAGUUCCUUGUGCAUGAUGUUUGGAAGUUAGACUUAGCUGCAUUUGACAAGAGAAAUUUGUGUUGUACCAGCAUGCCUCGGAAAGAAUUUAUAAUGCAAAAGGUUGUUGUUUAUGUACUGACAAGAUGCUCUAUAACCCAAAGAAAUGAAAGAACAGCAGCCUGUACAGCCCAGAUACUGAUUUGUUCAGAUGUUUCAAUGCUACAUUACACAAUAAAACCAUGAGAUUUUCUUAACAG